UUUUGAAUUAACUCUCCAAUAUUAUACCGAUUCUUUAUAUUUUGCAAAAAUAUUGUGUUGUCGGAUCUGCGCCACGGCGAAAGCUGGAGCUUUUUUUUUCUGUGAAUGUGAGAGAGUUUGUUUAUGUUGUGAAGGGCAGGUCCACACACACACACACACCGGCGACGGCGGGUGUUUUUGAGACAGUGCGACUGUGCGAGAAGUAGGAAUCCGAGGAAAUGUGUAGGUGAUAUAACAGCAGGUGAAGUUUACCUACAUGUGGGUUUACCUCAUGGCAACCACAACAUGUUUCCUUCGAUCCUAGGAGCUCAGAUUUCAAGAAAGUCAGGGAGCGGCACGCUGCACUAUAACAAGUGAUCGUGUAGACCACAGCCGCAGUGGCUAGCAGCAGCAUCCAUGGCCUAAACGCGGAGCCCUAAAACAUCCACAGGCCCGUCGUACCAGGGACACGGGGACUUUAAAGCCGAGGCUGGAAGUGUGCUCUGUUUUUUAAAUUUUUUUUUACAUCUCUCCAUCUGGUAACCAGGGGCUUCUCUUCUCCCCUCCUCCCAUUUCAGGCUCCUUGGAGAUAGAGGAAUGCAAAUCUGCAAUCAUGAUGGAAGGACUGAAAAAACGCACCAGGAAGGCAUUCGGGAUACGGAAGAAAGAAAAGGACACUGACUCUACGGGGUCACCAGACAGAGAUGGUGGAGAGCCCCAAGAGACUGAAUUGCCACAGAAAAAGACCAACGGGGCUCCAAAUGGCUUCUACGGGGAGAUUGAUUGGGACAGAUAUAACACGCCUGAGGUAGAUGAAGAAGGAUAUAGCAUCAGACCAGAAGAGGAAGAGGGAGCAGCCCCCAAAGAAAAGUCUCACUUUUUCUCCUCUAGUGAGUCUGAAGAAGAAGAGGACCACCGCAAAAAGUUCAAGAUCAAAAUCAGACCGCUGCCAGCAGACACUAACAUUGCAGCUCCCUCGGUAGAUGAAUUAAAAGCCUCCAUAGGCAACAUAGCUCUGUCUCCCUCGCCUUUGAGGAAUAGUCCGAGACGUAGCCCGGGCCUGGCAAAAAGAAAUCCCGGUGAAGAAAUUGCACGACCGAGACGUGCUGUUCCAACGCCUGCACCAGCUCCUGCACCUGCGCCACCUCCUGAGCCUGCUAGUAAUAAGAAAUCUCCAGUGCCAGAGGAUGCAACAGCCUUAUUCGGCCCUCCGCUGGAAACAGCCUUUGAUGAGCAGAAGACCAGUGAAGUGGUGAUAGAGGAACCUGAGGUUUGGGGUGCACCCCUGCCUGAGCAACUCCUAGACUCCUCUCUGGCAAGACCUUUUCCUACAGGAACUCUGCCUCCGCUUCCGCCUAAGAAUGUGCCGACCUCCCCCCCUCCGAUUGAAUCUCCUGCUACAGAACCUACCGAUGGGCAGAAAGAAGAGGAAAAUUCAAGGCAGACCUCACAGAGGCCCUCUAUAGCUGAUCUAGACAACAUCUUUGGCCCAGAAGACUCUCCAAAACCUGGUCAAGAUGUUGGAGAUAAGUGGAUCUGCUUCAAUGAUGAGUCCCCUCAAAGACCUCCUCCUCUUUCAGAGGGAGAGCCAGCACCUCCAUUCCCCUCAUCUCCACCUCCCCCAGCAGAACCAGCACCCCCAUUACCGAAAUCACCCCCUCCAUCAGAGGAGCUGAAUGCUCCUUUACCAAAAUCCCCACCUCCUCCUGCAGAGCCAGCACCUUCUCCUCCUUCCAUUGAGUCGCCGAAAGACAGCCUCCCACCUGUCCCAGCUGUUCCCAAAAGCACCACUCCUUCUCCUCCAACUGUCCCGCCUCCUCCGGUUGAAGAGGCCCCACCACCACCAAAAUCAGAUGAUCUUUCUCACCCCAAAACAGACUUUGCGCUAUGUGCUCUUCUGACAGAGACCCAAUCAGACCCACCCAAUAGCCCACCAACCACUGUAGAGACAAGUGAACGCACAAUCCCUCCACCCUUGGUUCUGAACCAAGAGGACAAUAAGAGCCCUGAGGAGACCCCAUCAAAAGAGGACCCAAGUGAGAGCAGCGCUUCACCCAAAGAGAUUGGUCAAGGAUCACAUUCGACACCUCCUCCUCCUCCACCUCCCACAUACAGGGCGGUAGUGUCAUCCCCAGGGCCCAUCCCUCCAGCUGGUUCAAGUGGAAAUGAAAGUGGCUCCUCCUCCCCUGCACGCCCCUCUUCACCAUUGGCUACCAGCAGCUCUCCCCCUCCCCCUCCCCCACCUCGGCCACCCUCACGACCCAAACUGCCACCUGGGAAACCAAGCGUAGGGGACGUGAAUCGGCCGUUUAGCCCCCCUGUACACUCGUCAAGCCCCCCUCCUCUGGCUCCGUUGGCCCGUGCAGAAAGCACCUCUUCAAUCUCCUCCACCAACUCUCUGAGUGCCGCCACCACUCCCACCGUCGGUAAAGAGCUCUCCGUGUCUGUGUCAGAUGACGCAUUUGUAGACAAACUUCCCAGCUUUGAGAGACGGGCAGACAUGCCAGCAGAGACAGACCAGCCCUCACUCGUGUGGUUUGACAGAGGCAAGUUUUAUUUAACCUUUGAAGGCUGUUCUCGAGGGCCCAGUCCCCUCACCAUGGGGGCCCAGGACACACUGCCUGUGGCUGCAGCUUUCACAGAGACAGUCAGUGCCUACUUCAAAGGAGCGGACCCCAAUAAGUGUGUGGUGAAGAUCACCGGAGAGAUGGUGUUGUCCUUCCCAGCAGGCAUCACACGGCAUUUUGCAAAUAACCCCUCGCCUGCUGUGCUAACCUUCAGCAUAACCAACUACAGUCGUCUGGAACACGUCCUUCCUAACCCUCAGUUACUGUGCUGUGACACCACGCAGCCCAAUCCCAACUCAAAGGAGUUCUGGGUGAAUAUGCCAAACCUGAUGACCCAUUUAAAGAAGGUGGCGGAACAGAAACCACAAGCAACUUACUACAAUGUAGACAUGCUGAAAUAUCAGGUGUUACCGAAGGGUCUACAGUCCACUCCUCUAAAUCUAGCAGUGAGCUGGAGGUGUGAGCCCACCAGUACUGAUCUGAGGAUAGACUACAAGUACAACGGUGCUGCCAUGACCACUCCUGUCGUGUUGAACAUUGUUAAUUUUCUGUUCCUUGUGGACUGUGGGGUAGGCGUAAUGAAGGCUGUGCUUCCCCCAGCAGCCUGGAAUGCAGAACAGCAGAGAAUCUUAUGGAAGAUUCCAGAUAUUUCUCAGAAGUCUGAGAAUGGAGGUGUGGGAUCUCUGCUGGCCCGUUUCCAGCUAACAGAGGGUCCCAGUAAAGCGGCCCCAGUGGCAGUGCAGUUCACCAGUGAGGGCAGCACUCUGUCAGGCUGUGACAUUGAGCUGGUUGGCCUCGGAUAUCGUUUUUCCCUCGUCAAGAAGAGGUUUGCAGCAGGAAAAUACAUGGCAGACAACUAAACAACACCUUGCAAGUCUGCAUAUUUUGGACCAAUUCUGAAUAUUUCAAACACAGGACAUGACCCCUUCCUGAUCUUAUGGAUAAUACAGGUGGACCUCACACACACUCCAGCAGUAUUAUAUGAGUUGCAGUAUAAAAUGUGGACCGUUUUAGGGUGUACUUCUUAUGUUUGUGAACUGUAUUCACUUUGCAACAUCUGUAUUACGGCCUGGGUUUGUUUGUAAGGUUUAGCCUCUAUUUCUGUCCGCCGUCUUAUUGGCUGUGCCUACCUGAACCUGAAAUCUCUGUAACCUGUGACAUGUGAUGUUUUUAUUACUCUAUGCAUUCAGUUUGUCAAAAGUAUCACAAUUCCGAACAAGGUAGCAAAGUAGUACGGUCUAAAAGAGGAAUGAGCCUCUGCCACAAGAUGGCGCUAUACUGUUGCAUGUAGUAUGAGGUCUGCAUUGGAUUUUGGUGUUGCUCAAGCUUAUCUAAAAAAAAAAGUGUAUUCAGGAAUAUCUCAUUUUAAUUUACACAGUGCAGUCAGGUUCAUUAAUUGGAUGAUGAUAGAAAUUAUAUUUUGUCAAAUCUGUUUUUAGAAAGCCACAGCUUGAAAAACAGACUCCUGCUUGCAAUAGACUCACAAAAGAGUCGUUUUC